UCUAAUUAUUAUAGUUGCCAUGGGUAUCGAUAUUGUCCAUAAGAAGGACCGUAAGGUACACCGAAAGGAGCCUAAGUCCCAGAAUGUCUACCUCAGACUACUGGUGAAACUCUACCGCUUCCUCAGCAGGAGAACUACUGGAGGAAACUUCAACCAGGUGAUCCUGAGGAGACUGUUUAUGUCAAGACAAAACCGUCCGGCUCUAUCCCUGGCUAGGAUUACCAGACAGAUGAAGAGCAGAGGUGAUAAAACAGUUGUGGUUGUAGGAACCGUAACUGACGACAAGCGUAUCUUCGAGGUACCUAAACUGAGAGUCUGUGCCCUGAGGGUUACUGAAGGAGCCAGGACCAGGAUUAUCAAGGCUGGUGGAACUAUCAUCACAUUUGAGCAGCUUGCAGUGGAGUCACCACUCGGCCAAAACACUGUGUUGAUGCAGGGACGAAGAAACGCCCGAGAAGCUAACAGGCAUUUCGGAGCUCCAGGACUGCCCAAGACACAUGCUAAACCAUUUGUGAGGCUUAGGAGCAGGAACCACGAGAUGGCAAGAGGCAAGAGGAAGAGCAGAGGUUACAAGGCCUAAAUGUGCUUUCAUGCUUUUUUAUUGAAUUCUAAUUUGAAUUUUUUAACUUAAA